AAAUCGUUUUACUCGACGCUUACUGUUGUACAAUCAUGUCACAUGUGAAGUUCAAGUUAAAAUUCUACUAGAAGAACAUUCGAUGGUAACUUCUUGUUAAGCAUAGCGACACAAAGGUCAUGGGUUUGAACUCCAGGGAAUACACACACUGACAAGAAAUAUAUAGCUUGAAUGCACUGUGGACUUCAUGUCCUCAGAGGAUGUUAAAAUUCAAAGGACUCUCCUCACAUGUGACACCACAGAUCGACCAUUAAAACAUCACAGAAACUAAAACAAGCAACUUUUUAAAUCAAAGGACCAUGUUUUCCUCAUCCAAAUAUUUUCAGUUCCAUUUCCGUACAUUGGCUUAUAGAUUUUCUUCCCGAAGCUACCAUCCUUCACGUUUAAUUAAAGAACAAAAGGCUCCCUAUUCUCAGGGUUCCUCUAGGCCUCCAAAUCCAGGCUCAUCAGCAGGGAUCAAACUACGUACACGGCUGGCAGUGACGCUGCUCUUUGGAGGUGGCAUCGUUGGUACAUGGUGGUAUGUGUACCAGGAGAAGGAACAGAAACUUAACAAGCAAAGAAUAGAACAAUUGAGGAAGGUGGCUGUAGGACAGGGAACUUUUAACCUGGUGGAUCACACAGGUCAGCGCAGAACCAAACGGGACUACCUAGGCCACUGGGUGCUCUUAUACUUUGGCUUCACCCACUGUCCGGAUAUCUGCCCCGAUGAGCUGGAUAAAAUGACCAGCGUGAUACAUAUCCUGGAUAAAGAGCCGAGUCUGCCCCCUGUCCAGCCACUGUUUAUCACUGUUGACCCCGAGAGGGACGACGUAGCUGCUAUGGCCAAAUACGUAAAGGACUUCCAUCCACGGCUGGUUGGACUGACAGGCACUCCAGAGGAAGUGAAGGAAGCGGGGCGAGAUUAUAGGGUCUACUCCAGCGCUGGCCCUAAAGAUGAGGAUGGAGAUUAUAUUGUGGACCACACCAUCCUAAUCUACUUGAUUAAUCCGGAUGGACUCUUUAUAGACUACUACAAUAGAAUGAAAGACGACACCCAGAUUGCUAAGAGUAUUCGUAAUCACAUGAAAAACCAUGUUAAAUUAUUUCCAUAAUAAUUUUGUGUAUCUAGUGGUUUGUGCACAAUAAAGUUGUAAAUCCAAAA